AUUUUAAGAUAUUAUAAAAGCAGACUCCUUCUCUCCUUAAAUUAAAAUUUAACCCUAACAUCAAAUUCCUCCUCUGUUUCGCGAAGCCCAGCUUCACUCUCCCCGACUCUACUCUCUCCUCCCCCCCCCCCCCCCUCCCCCGCGCAAUCUUGCCCACUAAGAAUAUUCAGAAUCCCAAUAUUAAGCUGCCCUUCAUCAAAAUUUUGCUGGUUUAUUUAUACAUAUAUUGCUGUUUUUAGGCUUCUGUAAUCAUUUCCGUGUACAAUUACAGAUUAGGGCUCUUUAUAUUCUUGUUUCCCUCUUUAAUUAGAUGGAUUCCUGAUUGUAUUCUUUCUAUUGUUUUUAAUUCGAUGUUCUCCAUGUAAUUAUACUGUUUAUUAUCAAUAAAUAGCGGAUCAGUGAGAUUUAGGGUUAGGGUUUUCUUUUCUUUUUUUUUUUUAAUUUGUAUGUUGACGGGCAUGGAGAAUUCGCGUAGACCGUUUGAUAGAUCGAGAGACCCCGGACUACUAAAGAAACCACGAUUGGCCGAGGAACCUGUUCGCGCUGCGAAUCCUAGCGGCAGGCCGUUUGCGCAGAGGCCGGUCGCUGCGGUGACCGCGCCGGCUUCGAGGUUUAGAGUCAGCAAUGAUAGAGAGGCCGAGAACAAUGAUUCGAGUCGCGGAGGUUAUCAGCCGCAGCCAGUAGUGCAGCAGCACCAGGAGCUCGUCAGUCAGUACAAGACAGCGCUAUCUGAGCUCACUUUCAAUUCGAAGCCGAUAAUAACUAACUUGACGAUAAUUGCUGGAGAAAAUCUUCACGCAGCGAAGGCUGUUGCAGCUACCGUCUGCGCCAACAUCCUUGAGGUUCCCAGUGAGCAAAAGUUGCCCUCGCUCUAUCUAUUAGACAGUAUAGUAAAAAAUAUUGGAAGAGAUUACAUAAAAUACUUUGCUGCCAGACUGUAUGAGGUGUUCUGUAAGGCAUACAGGCAAGUGGACUCCUCAGUGCAUCCAAGCAUGCGGCAUCUUUUUGGAACUUGGAAAGGAGUUUUUCCUCCUCAGACACUUCAGAUGAUUGAGAAAGAACUUGGUUUUUCUCCUUUGGUCAAUGGUUCAUCCUCCGGAGCCCCAACAUCUAGAUCUGAUUCACAGUCACAACGAAUUCAUUUCUUUUUUUUUGUGAUUAAGGCAAAAGGAAUGACUAAUGACCUUACUGGGGCUAUGGCCAGCUCAACUGAGGAUACUGAGAGGCCAGACAGAACAUCAAGUGUUAAUGUGGGACGUCCGUGGAUGGAUCUUCCUGCCAAAGUGAAUAACAUUCAGCGUUCUCGUAGAGAUGCACCAAAUGAUCCUAUGCAUGACAAGAAUAUUGGUACUGCUUAUGGAGAAUAUGAACAUGUUUCUGAUCUUUCGCAUAAUUCUGGCUUGGGUAUUGGGAGAACCAGUGGAAGGGUUGCGGACCAAGGACGUGACAAGCCUUGGUUUGGAUCUGGAAGUGGUGUCUCAGAGACAAUUUCAAGCCAGAAAAAUGGUUUCAAUCUAAAGCCUGCAUUUCCAAAUUACUCAACUGCCAAAUCUGCAAAUGCCGAUGUGCAUCUACAGACAACGCAAGGCAUUGGAAGCAAAAGUAGCAGUGGGAUGUCUAAUAGCUGGAAAAACUCUGAGGAAGAGGAGUUUAUGUGGGACAUGCACUCAAGAUUAUCAGAACAGGAGGCAGCCAAUAUCUCUAGUAAUUCGAGGAAUGAUUAUUGGGCUCCUGAUGAUUUAGAGAGAACGGAGCUUGAAAGUCAAAUUGAGAAACCUCCAAAUGUACCAGAUGGUUCAAGGUUUGAUAGGGAAACUUCUAUUGAUUCAAUGACCAGUGAACAUAAAGGCCAGCCUGCAUAUGUCCACAGGACAUCAUCCCCCUGGCCAGAGUCACUCCCCACAGAUAUCUUGGUUCAUUCUAGGGGCUCUGUAAUUAAUCCAGGUCAUUCAGAAGGCUGUUCUUCCAGUCUUGGUGGCUUGCCGGGAAGUGCAAAAUCUUCUCUUCCUAGGAAGGGAAUUCGCCCACUAAUAAGUUCACAUCAGAGCGGAACUUCUGGUUUUGGAAUUUCUCAGAACACAACUUCUGGAUCAGCUGCGUCAGUGGGGCAACAACAGUUUCCGUCGCUGGGAGCUGCAUCGCCAUCUAGGCAAUCGCCUAUGCACCAACAUCCAUCGUCACCUUUUUCGCCACACCAUCCCCAACAAUUACAAAAUCUAUCUGAGCAAGGCUACCAAAAAGUUCAUUCUGUGUCUCGGCCAGAUUCAAAAACAUUGCAAAUAUCGGCACAGUCAGUUAAUUCUGCUUCUUUGGAAUCCUUGCCUGCAGUGCCUUCGAGUACUCAACUAAGUAACUUGCAAAAAAAAUUGCAGCAACCAGACUUACCAGCUUUGUCUGCCUCAGUUCCUUCUUUUCAGCUCCCUCGCCGUUAUCUCGUUUCACAGCCAUUACAUCUAGACUCUACACAGUCUGAACUCUCCAGUCAGAAUCGAAACCUAGGUCCGUCUCAAACCUCAAAAUUUGGAACUUCUGCAAAAACAGGAAAUACAUCGAGCCAUCCUAAUCCUCUUGAUGCUGAAACCUCAGGACAAUCAACUAAGAGUAGCUUGUUGGCUGCUGUCAUGAAGAGCGGAAUCCUCUCGAACAAUUCACAUACUGUUAACAUACCUAAUCAGAGUUUUAAAGAGGCAGUAAGGCGAACAGGACAGGCUGUUCAGCCUCCUCUUCCGAGUGGACCUCCCCCGACUGUCUUUACAUCUUCAAGGCCUAGGGUUGCAUCAUCGACUUUGCCAGCCUCUGGUUCCUGUGAUGACAUUUCAGCCUCUUCAAAUAGUUCUCAGAGAAAGUUAGAUCAACCACUGAUUCCAUCUGGCCCACCACCUUCGUCUCUUGCUGGUAGUGCAUUGCCCCAGACUUCAGAAGUGGAGAGCAAGGCCCCAGAUCCAAUUUCAAACCUUUUGAGCUCUCUAGUUGCAAAAGGUCUGAUAUCUGCAUCGAAAUCAGAUUCACCAUCCCUGAUGGAAACUCAGGUUCCUACUCAAUCACAGAACCAGAGUCCAGCUAAUUCUACCAGUAGCCCCAUGCAGGUUACUACACCAGUUUCUGUUCAAUCAGAUGUUCCACUUGCUGCAUCUUCCUUGGACGAGGUAUCAGUUAUAGAACCUUCAGCUAAAGGUUCUGCUAACCUACCUCAAUCGACCACAAAAGAGGCAGAAAACCUCAUUGGAGUGCAAUUUAAGCCAGAUAUAGUCCGUGAAUUUCAUCAAAAGGUAAUUGAUGGCCUCUUUGAUGACCUUCCAUAUCAAUGCAGCGAAUGUGGUCUUCGCCUUAAACUUAAGGAACGCCUUGAUAGACAUUUAGAGUGGCACGCUAAGAAAAAGCUUGGACCAAAUGUUACAGAUAGGCCAUCGAGGACAUGGUAUCCAAAUUCAGACGACUGGGUUGCUGGAAACUUGGGACAUUUGGGAUCCGACUAUGUUGGCUCAUUGGAUAAGUCUGAAGGGACAUUGGAAAGGGAGCCAAUGGUUCCAGCUGAUGAAAAUCAAUAUGCAUGCAUGUUGUGUGGCGAGCUUUUUGAAGAUUAUUUCAGCCAAGAAAGAAAUCAAUGGAUGUUCCAAGGGGCAGUUUACAUGACCAUUCCAGAGGGAGAUAUGGCUGUAGGAGCUACAGAUGAGAGCACUGUUAUUGUGCAUGCAAAAUGUAGAAAUGAAGAUUCAGAUUUUGGCUUGGAGCUUAACGAUGGAAUUAAAGUGGAAAAGGACGGAUAGUUUACAAGGUAAGAAAGAGAAGUCACCGGGAUGCAAAUGCCAUUGACAGGAACUGAUGGAGGAAAUACAGGUUUACAUACAGAGCUUAAAUGUGUGUGAUAUUCAGAUGUUAAUUUUGUUUACCUCGAUCAUUCAUGAGACCUGACCAUUAGUGUUCCUGCUCUGAUUUUUCUCUUCUAUUUUCUGGAUUCCUUAUAUGAUAAUAGAAAUAUAUAAAAAAUCGAAGAUAGUUUGCACCUUAAUGUCUUUCUCUAUUGUGCUCAUAGCUGCUGUUUCUUUUAUUUGUUUUUCAAUUUCCUCAUCCGAGCUUGUGCUUGAUCCUGCAUUUGACAAUGAGAAAGCGAGGGAAGGAAGGAGCAUUCGAAAUCUGUUUUUCUGGUUCACCCUUGUAUCAGCAGAUGGUUCGUUAAACAUCAAUAGUGCCUUUUUCCUUCCCUGUUAUUUUCCUUUCGGCCUGGGUUUGUUAGCUUGGGAAUUAUACAGUUUCAGCAGAAUAGCGGGGUUUUUAAUAUAUUUUCUACUCUUGUAAUAGAUUUUGGUUUUUGCUGGAUGUUCUUGGUGACCCAUUUGGUUAUGGAUGAAUUUGAAAAUGAUGUAAUGGUAAAGAUGUUGUUCCUCUAAGAUGGAAAAUUUUGUAGAAGAAAAGUUAUGAUGUUUUAGCCGUAUGGUGGUAAUUCAUUAACUUUUAUGUGA